AUGGUGGCAUUUGGAUGGAUUAACAUGUUUUCAUGUCUGAUACUGGUGCUUCAGCUUAGAGUAACUGUACAGAAUCCAACCCCGUAUGCUGCCAGAGUUGGAGUUACUGUCUCGCUUCCUUGUAAAGGUUUGACAGAUUAUCAGUGCAGCAGUAUUACCUGGCUCUUCAGUCACUCUGGCAGAUCAAUAACGCUGCAUGAACAUGGAAAGAUUCUUGAAGCUAAAUCAGGGCAGCUGAGUGUUGGAUCUAACUGUUCUCUGAAUAUAAAGAUGGUCACACUUGAGGAUGCUGGUCGUUACACCUGCAGACAGUUCAGAUCAGGACAGCAACACGGUGAGGACACUGUCUAUGACAUCUCUGUUGUUAAUGGUGAGGAAACAAAUACAUCCCCAAUUAAACCAGGAGCAGCAACAUCAACAACAAUUAAAUCAGCAUCCAAAGGAACAAGUACAUCAAAAACAGCAAAACCGAAAGCAACAAAAUCAAAAUCCGGGCCCAACACAACUGCAACCAAUGGUCCACCAAAAAAACAAGCUUGGUGGUGGUGGUUGAUCAUCAUUUUGGCUGUGGGCUUGACACUGCUCAUAAUAACAGUUGUGUUACUCAUUAAAUGGAGGAGAGCCAAAGGAAACAAAACAAAAACAGGUGAAAACAUGGCUGAUUCUGUAGAUGGUGUUUCCUACGCCUCCAUCAGCUAUACCAAGAGGAACAACAAUAAAGUCCAGGUUCAAGAUAAAAAUGAUGAUGAAGAUGAUGCAGUGACCUACAGCACUGUGAAAACAUCCUCAUCUCCUGCUGGAGCCUCUGCUGAUCUCAAUGACCUCUAUGCUACUGUCAACAAACUAAACAAAUAAUAUGUCACCUAUUGAUAGCAACGUGUUGCUCAGAUAUCAAUUGCAUGAUCUACUAAGCGUCUUUGUAGAGUAAAAUUAUCCAUGUUCCCCUUUUAUGAUUUUUUGUAAUGAAGAUUUUGACAUCAGGCUUUUUUUUUUGUUAAUUUAACUCU